CGGCGCGCGGUUCCGGCGGGCGGUGCUGACGCUGGCAGCGCGGCCGGGCGCCAUGGUGGCCAAGCAGCGCAUCCGGAUGGCCAACGAGAAGCACAGCAAGAACAUCACGCAGCGCGGGAACGUCGCCAAGACCUCGAGGACGGCCCCGGAGGAGAAGGCGUCGGUCGGGCCCUGGCUGUUGGCGCUGUUCAUCUUCGUGGUUUGCGGAUCAGCCAUCUUCCAGAUCAUCCAGAGCAUCCGGAUGGGCAUGUGAGGCCCCCUCCCCGCGCCGCCGCGGACUGUCCCCGGCCGGCAGCGCUGCCCGGCUCCGUGCGGCGGCCGAGCGGAGCGCGGCCGGCAGCGCCCACCUCGCAUUCCAGGUCCCGUCACCAUUCCGAGUCAUUCCGAGUUUUCUAGCCCGUGCCACAGUGCCUUGACCAGCACCACAUGUACAAAGCAAUAAAACGAUGUUGUUGAUCUGCAAUCGUGGACCCGCUUAUUCGGUGAAGUGCGGCCCUGUGCUCCCUAGAGAUGCCAGACUGCCCGCCGUGUAGAGCCCCGGGAGCUGGCUCCUGCCGAGAGCGCCCGGCUGAGCUCUGCCCGAGGCUCUGUAUAGCUGGAAAUGGCUUUGUUUAAGGCUGGAAGCCAGGAUUUCUGUUUGGAGCAUGCUGAUGCCUCCCCCGUGACUCCUGCUCUCUACACGCAGGGCAGUGGUGCUGCAGCAUGUGGCAGCGCCCGCUCCGCUGGCGGAAUCCUCGGCCCUGCACCUCUCCUCCUAACACGUGCAAAAUGCUUGUUUGUAUAGAGCCAGCGGGUGUUGCUUGAUUAGGAGCCGCCUGAUGGAGCAGCAGCUGCUUCUGCCUGCCCAGCCCCCCGGCCCCGGGGUGGCUGUCAGUGCUUCUGGGACAGCUCAGCCAGUGGUGACGGUGUCACAUUGUACCGUGUGGUGCAGGGACCAGGGCCUGCCCCACAGCCCUGCUUCCUGCAGCACCUGCAGAGUGCUGUGUCUUGCUACGUGUAUUUAACCCUAUUUAAGGUAAAUCCCGCUUUCAACUUGAUUUCAUCUAACAGUGGAUCCAGUAUGUAACUGCUUCCCUAUGGACAAUCACAGAUCCUGCUUAGUGAUACUGAAGAAAAAAAAGAAAAGGAAAGAAAGCCCUCCUCUCACCUGGAGAUGACUGUUAGCAGAUCACAGUGGAACGUGCUGCUGUUGGUGUUUGAUGGCUGGUGGCCCUGGCCUGGCCAUGGCCCCUGUUGGGGUAAACAAAGGCAAUCUGGAAUGGCUCUGCUGCUGCACACAGCUGCUGCAGGGAGUUGGCUUUUCUUCAGGUUUCUUAGCAGAAGAAGAAUUUAAAAUCUUUUACAUUAGAGGUAAUAGAAAAAUGUUUCUGUACAAAUGAAUCAAAUGCCUGUUAGCUGUGAAGGAGCAGAUCGUUUGUGUGAGUUGUCAUAUUCCAUUGUAAGUCAUGGGGAACUGGCACCAACCAGCCUGGCCAGGGGUGUGUGCCCAGGCCCCAGCUGUGCAGGGGACACUGCUCGUGGGCCCUCGUGGUUUGUACGUGGUGGUGGAGGGGGCUGUCUGUAUAACCUCUGGUUUUAAAUAAAGUUCUUUUCAGAUGUGA